AUGUUCGACGACCGGAUGAGCGACAACGACGACGACGGGUCCGCCAGCCUCGUCGGCUUCGGCGAGGGCGCUGGCAGCACCGUCUCGGGCCCCAUCUACCGCGCUGGCAGCACCAUCUCGGGCCCCAUCUACCAGCGCCGGCCGGUGCCCGGAACGAGCUCGGCUGGCGCCAUGGCCUUUGCGCGCUGGCAGCUCGAGCGCGGCGCGUCGGGCCUCGGCGACCCCAACCAGCUGGGCGUUGGGGACUCGGGGCAACCGGCAUCGUCAUCACCGACUGGGUCGGGAAAGGACGGCGACUGGGACCUGAUCCGCGCCACUGUGGGCUGGAACGCUCGACUGCAGCUGAAAUAGGAAGCAGCUUCCGCAGCAGGCGCGAACACGGCCACAUCGUUGUCUUUGACGGCCCCUGGGCUCCACUUCUGCCUGCUGUGCUCCCAUCAAAAAGAAGGGAAAACAAGAAAAUCUCAGGCCUGGGUGACCAAUCCUCCUCCACCACCGCAUCCACGCCUGGGUGACCAAUCCUCCUCCACCACC